CGUCGUCCUUGAACUGCAAUACCAAAACCAAUGCAACAACUUGCUUCGCAUUUGGCAUAUCUCCAUUUAUUGUUGUUGAUGUGUGCAUUUUCAUUCAGGGAGGAAGUUUCGUCUUUAAAUGGUCAGAAAUCCUUCCAUUCUACAACUUUCAGCUUUACUUAGCUCGAUUGAUAUCACUGAAACGGAUUUCUACCUUACUUUUGUCGUGAGAACAACCGAAUAUCGUUCAACUGCAGAGUAAAGGGCAAUGAUGAGGAAACGUCUCUUACUUCCUAAAUGUCGUUGAUACGUCAGCAACAUACUGAAGGAAAAGUCACAAUUGUAUGUUUCCUUUGUUGACAUCAAUUUGACAUUUCCCAGAACUAUGCCCUGCCCAGACUUUAUGUGUGGAUCCAUUGCUCAACCAGAAAGACACUCUGUUGGGACACAGUAUUCUAUUGAUGCAGUGAAGUCAGAAGAUACUUUGCAGCCUACAACGUCUGCUACUAACCUACUGCAUCAAGUGCAUCACGAUGCAGCAAAGUUACAGCUUGCUAUUCAUCACCAGGCUCAUCUGUUACAACAACAGGCUCACCACCAACUCUCUUCUCACUCUCUCUCAAGAUUGCAGCAUGAUAAAAAUAUUUGUAAAACUGAAAGAGAUGCUGUUCAAAGGGAAACAACCUCUCCGAACAAUGCUCAGCCCUCAACUCAACGCCCAAUAGUCACCAGUGUGGACAUUGCAAAUGAAAGAAUUUGCCAAGAAUGUGGCAAAGUUUUUACUCGCCCCAGUGAUUUAAAGCGACACAUUCGCUCUCAUACGGGGGAAAAGCCAUUUACGUGUGAAGUGUGUGGAGGCGGGUUUGCCUCACCCCGGAAUUUAAAAGCACAUUAUAGAACUCACACUGGUGAAAAGCCAUAUGAGUGCUUUGAGUGUAAAGCAGUGUAUGCGAGAGCAGACUCUCUUCGGUAUCACAUCAUGUCACAUUCCGGAGAAAAGCCCUUCAAGUGUAUGGAGUGUGGUAGAGCUUUCGCCAAAGGCAGUGAUCUCAAUAGACACUUAAAGUGUCAUUCUCCUGAAAAGCCAUACUGUUGUGUCCAAUGUGGCGAGAGAUUUGCUCAAUUAAGCUACCUUAAAGGCCAUAUGAACACUCAUACAGGUGAGAAGCAUUUUAAGUGUACAGAAUGUCAAUCUAGUUUUUCUCGUGCUGAUGUUUUAAAAAGGCACUGGAGGACUCAUACUGGUGAAAAGCCAUAUUCAUGCAAUGAUUGUGGAAAGUCCUUCACCUGGAGCAGUGCCCUAAAGGUGCACAUCAGAACUCACUCCCAAUAAAUUAGCUUUUCCCAUUAUUAAGUGCAUCUAAUGUCAAAUUCUGAGGCCAUCUCUUGUAUUUGAAGUAUUCAUUGGUGUUUUUUUUUUUUCUUUUUUAAAUUGAUAACGUUUAGUUUAUAAUCUGAUGGAUUUGUGCCAUGAUAGUUCAUAGUUUGGAACUACUUACCUUCAAUCUCAAUACAACAUGAAAAUUGCUUUUCUCAGGUGCUGUCUCCCGUAAGAAGGAAGGUGGGCCCUACUGAGGUCAAAGUGCACCAUAUACUCCUCAAGAUGGUAUGAAGUUGUACCCAGUGCAAAAAAAAAGUAAUCUCAUGAUGGUACAGAAAAAUGUUAAGAGGAGAAAGCAAUGUCAGAUAUUCUCUUGAUAUCAUUUAUACUGCAAUUUUGAACAGCCUCUGUGAAGGAGCUACUGGAGUUAACAGUGAUUGGUUUGUCUGUAAUAAUCUGAACUCAAUUAUUGACACAAUGUUUUUAUUAGAAAAUAUAUUAUACUGUAGUGAAAGAAACCUUUCAGCUACACACAUUGUUUCUUUUGUUGCUUUUUUUUUUCUGGCUACAGAGCUGGUAAGUAAAGAUUACAAAAAUAGUAUUCAAAGGUUGUAAAAGUGGUGUUUCUUUUGAUAUCUGUGGAGAGAGUUGCUGUGGAGUGGCUCACCACAGUAACAUCGUUUAACUGAGUUAACUAUACCAAGUAUGUGUUGAUCGCUGAGAAAAGCCAAAAGUUUUAAAAGAUUUUCUUGUUCAGCAGCACACUAACUACUGGAAUUUAUGUGAUUAUAUCUUAUAUCAAGUAUUUUGCAUAGUUGUUAUACAUGUUAGCUCAUAUAAGUAAUGUUUUAAAAAUCUCAAUUAAGUGUUGUAUACUAUUUUAUCUUAUGCAAUAUUAAGAACAAUGUUGUUCAUUCAACUUGCUUCAAGAAAUGGAUGUCAAGUCUGUUGAGUUUUGUUAUAUUCAUGUAUAGUCUCUAACUUUUGAAGUCAACCCAAUCAAACAUUAGCCAUUGCCACCAGUCUUAUAUCAAUUUGGUGCUUUUUGCUUAAGCUUCCUUGUAAGUUCCUUUAAAUUCAGUUUUGUUUACUCAUUUAUGUGAAACUUAUCUGCCAUCCUCUAAAAUCCUAUAUGUGCCUUAAAUUUGACUUCCUAAAAAAAAAAAAAAUGUGUGGCCUUGUGUAAAUUCUGUCUAUGCACUGAUGCACAUUUUUUUCUUCAUUUGGUUGUCUACUUAGUUCUUUCAAUUUUACGAAUUCUUUGGAUAACAAUACCUGAGAUAUUUCAUAAUCAA